AUGUCGCACUCUGCAUUAAUUACUGGAGCCAGUGGCCUGCUCGGACGUCAAGUGCAGCGAGAAUUCUUCAUUGAUGGCUGGGAGUCGGUUGGAACUGGUUUGAACCGCGUAACCGCACCCAAUGUUGUCAAACUUGACAUUCGAGACCAUGGAGAGAUUGAAAAGGCACUAGACAACAUCAAACCUCUUGUUGUGGUCCAUUGUGCUGCAAAUCGUUUUCCAGACUCAUGUACUGCCAACCCGGAAGCAGCAAGAGCGCUCAAUGUGGAGUCAAGUCGCGCCUUGGCUCAAGCAACUAUAGCUCGAGACAUCUUCCUCAUCUACAUAUCCACUGAUUAUGUCUUUCCGGGGCGCCCAGGCGAGGCUCCUUACAAGGUCGACGCUACCCCAAACCCGCCAAAUGUUUACGGCCAGACCAAGCUAGAAGGCGAACAAGCUGUUCUUGAUGUUGCAGAACUUGUCAAUGCAAAGAACAAAGUUGUUGUCCUUCGAGUUCCUGUCCUCUACGGAGCCUGUGACGAGCCCAAGGAAAGCGCAGUCAACGUACUCAUGUCGCAACUAUGGAAUGCUCAGCAAAUAGGCGAAGGCGAACCCAAGAUCCAAGUCGAUGACUACGCACUCCGAUAUCCUACCAACACUCAAGAUGUCGGCAGAGUAUGUCGUGACAUAGCAAGGCUGUAUCUGAAUCCCGCCAAUGCAACCCGUGAACUCCCCAGAAUCCUUCACUUCAGCUCAGAAGACCAGAUGACCAAAUGGCAAAUCUGCCAGACUUUUGCCGACAUCAUGGGAUUGCCGCUCGACAACAUGGUGCCCUUCAAGCCUGAGGAAGAACCGAAAGAUGGUACCAUUCGGCCCUACGACUGCCAUCUAGAUACUAGCGCCCUUCGGGAUCUGGGCAUCGACGUCUCGACCGUGGACUUUAAGACGUGGUGGAGACGCGAAGUCGGGGCAUUCCGCUAA